GCGGCGCGGCUGCUCCCGCUGCUCCAGCUGCUGCUGCGCUGGGCCCGGCCCGUCCAGGGCACCGCCCCGCCGGGCGGCGGAUGGCUGGCGGGCUCGGUGCCGGAGGAGGAGCGCUGCACCGUGGAGCGGGUCGAUGCCUCCCUCACAUACUCCCUCUUCCUGCAGCGGUAACGGGGGGCCCGGCACGGCCCCGCUGGACCGAGACAUGGGUCCCGGGGCGGGGGCGGGAACAGCGCCCGGUGCACCGGGCGGGAUAACGGGGAGGGAGCGGGAGGGUUGGAGGGGCGAGGACCCGGGGGGAAGGUGGUUGGAGCCGGUCCCGGUGCCCCGGGAGUGGUUUAGAGCCGGUCCUGGUGCCGGUUUAGGGCUAGUCCCAGUGCCCCAGGGAUGUGUCGGGGUUGGUCCCGGUACCCCCAGGGCUGGAUUGAAGCCGGUCCGGUGUCCCGGGGAUGUGUCAGGGCCGGUCCCGGUACCCCCGGGGGUGGGUCGGGGCCGGUCCCGGUACCCCCGGGGAUGUGUCAGGGCCGGUCCCGGUACCCCCGGGGGUGGGUCGGGGCCGGUCCCGGUGCCCCGGGGAUGUGUCGGGGCCGGUCCCGGUGUGUCGCCCGGGCGAGACCCCGCUGGAUGCUCCCCCAGGUUCGCCUUCUCCCGGCCGGUGAUCCUCGGCGGGGUCACGGACAACUCGGCGUUCCGAGCCCUGUGCACCCGGGAGAAGCUGCUGGCGGCGUUCGGGCCGCUCCCGGUGCGGCUCAGCACGGCCAACACCUACUCGUACCGCAAAGUGGAUGUGCCGUUCCAGGAGUACGUGGAGCGGCUGCUGCAGCCGCAGGACCCGGCCCGGCUGGGCAGUGACACCCUGUACUUCUUCGGGGACAACAACUUCACCGAGUGGGGCCCCCUGUUCCAACAUUACGUGCCCCCUCCCUUCCGCAUCCCGGGCACCAGCCCUGCCUACAGCUUCGGGAUCGCAGGCUCAGGCUCCGGUGUUCCAUUUCACUGGCACGGCCCCGGUUUCUCCGAGGUGAUUUUUGGCAGGAAGCGCUGGUUCCUGUACCCCCCGGAUAAAACCCCCCACUUCCACCCCAACGAGACGACGCUGGCCUGGCUCCAGCACACGUACCCCACGCUGCCCCCCGCCCAGCGCCCACUCGAGUGCACCCUGCGCCCCGGGGAGGUCCUGUACUUCCCUGACCGCUGGUGGCACGCGACGCUCAACCUGGACACCAGUGUCUUCAUCUCCACCUUCCUUGGGUAGAGCCAGGAAGGACAAGGAUGUGUCACCAUCAUCCUGGACACGGCAGGAAUUCCUGCCACCCUCAGGGAAAGGCAACUGGUUUGGGGACCAACUGCCUGAGAAAGUUCUGGUUUUUACUGGUCUUUUUCCUCCCCCUUGGAUUAAAGUUGUUCUACUGUA